AUGACAGAUCUAGACUCCUCUCUAACAAAUAUUCCUUCUCGAUCGCCCUCACCCUCGCCGAACCUUCUUCCAACUCCUGAUACAGCCAGUCUUUCAUCCAAUCGAUCCGUCUCUGGAAUAUCUUCUAUCUCAAGUUUCUCUACUUAUUCCAAUGCAUCCUCAAAUUCAAAAACCAAUUCUCGUCGACGUGGCUAUGUUCGGCCACAAGGAGGUUCCUUCGCUGAGUCGGCCAAGAAUCGAGAAAGUGUCAUGAGUUUAGGCAGCAUUGCUCAUCUCCAAUAUUAUUUCGCUCGAACCGGUCUGCUGGAUGGGAAAGGGGGGCGGAUGGCAAAAAAGAAACAGGAUGGAGAACAUGAUAUGUCCAAAUUUUCAUUGGCUGCAAAUCAGGAUGUUGUCGAAUCACCCAUUGAUGAUGAGGUUCAAGCUAUGUGGGAAGCCGCUCAGGAAGAUGGCGUCGAUGUAAUGCUACCUCCAACAGUAUCAACCUACAGUCACCGAUCAACAUAUGUUGCUCCACCUCCGGAUCAAAAGACCAUGAAACGGGACCUGGUUGAAGCUCUUGAAAAUGCUUUACACGCGGUGGAAUCCUGCGAACGAUCAUCCAACGACGACCCCGAACAACAAGCUCAAGGCUUCUAUGAGAUCCAAGGCCUACACGUGCUGGACACUGCUACGCAAGCGAUUCGUGCUGCGAGAAUCUACUACACCCUUCACCCCAACCCACAGCGGCUAAAUACCAUCAGGUCAGAUCAAGAAUUACGACGAGACCUCUAUUCCGUAUUGGAUGUAUUGAAAAAGUGUGCUUCGCGAAAUUUUGCCGGCGGUCUACGUGAAGACGAAAGAUUGGCUGUUUUAGUGUGGGUCAGCGACGUGGGCAUGAUGAUUGAUCAAGAAGCCAAGCUCGAAGAGGCGGAUAAACACGAAAGAAAGGAUUGGCAUUGGAUGGAUGACGCCAAAUGGACAAACCGAGAUCAGGAAAGGGACAUCAACUUCCUCAACUUCCUCCUGAAAGGGCACGGUGAAAAUCCUUUGAAAGAACGGUCCGAUGAGGAUCCUGAUUAUUUCCGGAAGUUGGCCGAUGGCAAAGAUCUUGUCCGAAUGCACAAUGCAGCCGUCAAACGGUCUAAAAGACAUUUCGACUACAUCAACACCUUUCACGACGAUGUUGCGAAGCCGUACCGACGGGCUGACAAUCUACGAUAUUGGUUGAAGGCUGCAGAGUUGAGGUGGGAACUUCGGCUUCGAUUAGAUGUCAUGGCCGUUGCAAAUGGGGUGGACAAUAGUACCACUUGGACGUCCUUUGAAGAUGUCGUGCGACAAUGGAGUCGAGGAGUUCGCGCCGAACUCACCAAAGACUGGAAUGGAGAAGAAGAACGCAAGUUGCAUGCUCGUGCACGGAGUUUAGCUCUUGCGAGUCCUCUUUCAAGUCCCGCCAGGAGGAACUCCCCUGCUCCUCCCCUACCCAGUCCGUCGAGGAGAAUGGUUGCUCAAGGUCCUCUUGGGAGUCCUUCCAAAAAGGUCACGACACCGAGUCCACCCGGAAGUCCUACUCCACAUGACGAAGAAAUUUAA